CAUGGUCAGAGAGUGUUUGUGGAAUGUUUUGUUGACAUGCAAAGGUGGGUGGGAAAGUUAAAAGAGAAAACUUGUGAAUGUAUAUGAGGGAUGUUAGAGCCUGUAAUAAAGGAUUGGGAUCGUUCACACCUGAGUCUGUGCCUGAUUGCCACAAAUGGUGCCCGAACAGGCCUCACUGAACUCAAGACUGCUGAAAGGAAGCAGGGCCAGGUUUGGAAGCAGGACCAGCUGCGUGGCAAUGUCAUCUGUGCUGUAUAGAGGGCGGUUUGGGACAAAAUUGGCAUAAGACUCUGGGAUGCUGCAACUACUGCAGAUAAAACGGCGGCUAACCUUUAAUCUAUAUGGCGCCAAAUAUCGGAAGCGCUCAAACACAUUCGGCAGGGAAGUACGAGUUCUUCCGACGGUUCCCCAUCGUCCCCACCCCCGCCACUGCACGUCGGUGAGGGAAGCAGCUCCUGCCCGGACCUGGUCCGCCACUCCAACCUCUUCCCACGUCGGGGAGAAUUACAAUCGCGGCCUCCGGAGAACGCCGCCGCCGCCGCUGCUGCGAGGCGCCCGCAGCCCCGCGGUCGCAGUCCGCUCCGGAUUGCCCCUGCCCCACGGCCGCCCUCUGCAACCCCCCCGACGCUCGCCGCGCCGCCGCCGCUCCCCGUGCCGCGGCCGCCCUCCGUCCCGUCCCCGCCGCCUGCCCCUCUGCUUCUGCCGCCCGUAUGUAAUUUGGUUAGAGACAAGGAUGGUUCUCCCCCAGGUAUGUGACGAGCCACCCGAAAGGAGGCAGAAUCAAGAUGAGAUCCUGAAAUGGUCCUUCGGUUGCAUUCGGCACUUGCAUGCUAUGUGAUAUGUGAGCCAAACAGACUCCCCAGAUGGGAAGGAAUGAGUUUCCAACUGAUAAAGGAUAUCGGGAAGGCAGUUCUCGACUUGCGGCUAGGGUCUCCAUAUAAGACUGACCUACUCAGCUCAAUAAUGAAGAGCUACACUCUUUGCCCACGUGACUGUAAGACCCCGGCAAAAUUGCUUCUGAUGAGUACCCAGUAUACGAUAUGGAUGGGAUAUUGGAGAGAGUUGGCCCAACAAAAAGCAAUUGAGAAUUUGGGGAGACAGCAAGGAGACCCUUUGCAGGUGUUUGGGGCAGAUGCACUGCUAGGGGAAGUUGCUUUUGCUACUACAACAGCCGAAGUGCAGCUGCCUGCUGCGGCUUUGGAUCAGGCUAAGGAAUUAGCCUUUAGUGCCUUUAUGAAAGUCCCAGAUGAUGGGAAACCACAGAAAUCAUUUAUCAGCAUUAAACAAGGUCCUACUGAGCCCUAUGUGCAGUUUAUUGACAAGCUGAAAGAUAGCCUUGACAAGCAAAUCAAAAAUGAGGAGGCACGAGAGAUACUGUUACAAAAGCUCGCAACAGAAAAUGCUAACGAGGAUUGUCGAAAAGUGCUUCGCCCUUUAUCUAACCCUACGCUUCUGCAAAUGACAGACGCGUGCAACAAGAUAGGGACUGUGCAGUACCAGUGUAACAUGAUGGCUUCAGCAAUCGCAGCCAUGAAAUUGAGUUCGCAAAACUGCUUUGCGUGUGGACAGCCAGGUCAUUUACACCGAGAUUGUCCUAAUAAAAAGGCCCCUGGGCCCCCAGUAUGUUCAAGGUGUUGUAAAGGACAACGUUAUGUGAAACAAUGCUAUUCUCACGUUGAUAAAGAUAGGCAAUCCAUGUAGGGAAACGGGGGUCAGAGUGUAUGGCGGGGGCAUGUGAACAACACAGCCCCAGUGCAGAUAUUGACACAACCGAUUCCAGUGACCCUCCGUUAUAUGUCAGGACCCGUGGCAGCACUGGAGUGGACGUGACCGCCUCCAAACAAGUAAUCCUUGACUCCAUGGCAGUGUGAGCAGUGGCUACUGGGGUAAAUGUUCCACUGGGAAAGGGACUGAGUGCUUUACUUUUAGAAUGUUCAUCAGCCACAAUGCAAGGUCUUUUUGUGUUAUCAGCACUCAUAGAUGCUGAUUAUUCUGGAGAGCUUAAAAUUAUCAUUUGGACACUCAUGCCCCCAUGUGCAGUACCGGUGGGCCCUCAUAUUGCUCAACUGAUUUAUUUUCAGGCACGGUCGGUACCGCCUGCGCCCAUGGAAAGGCGGGCUGCAGGGUUUGGAUCUACAGGGACACCCCAGAUAUUAUGGACACAAAGGGUGUCAGAUCUUUGAUCUACCUUAACCUGCACACUGGAACCGGGCAACCCCCCACAGAAAUUUGACAUUUCAGGAAUCUUAGACACAGGUGCUGAUGUGAUUGUGAUUGCACCUGGCGGUCACACUGGCCCACUACACCAGUGCACACAGCGCUUGUUGGCAUAGCCUAACUGUUACUGACUUAAAAUACUGUUUUUUCACCAUCCCUCUGGAUCCCAACGAUGCUCCUAAGUUUGCUUUCUCUGUCUCUUCUGUAAACGUGUCGGCACCAACCCAGCAGUAUCUUUGGGUAGUAUUACCACAGGGCAUGAAAAGUAGCCCCACAGUUUGUCAAUGGCUUGUUGCCAGAGCCUUAACCCCUGUGAGGGAGAAACUGUCUAAUGCUGUUAUUUACCAUUACAUGGAUGACAUCCUUGUGGCAACCAAGUCAGCUGACAACAUGCGACAUGCCAUGGCUGCAGUCAUUAAUGCCAUAAAAGGCUGUGGCUUAGAGAUAGCUCCAGAAAAAGUUCAAGAGAGUUCGCCAUGGAAAUAUUUGCGAUGGCAAAAUACAAAUCAGAAUAUCUUUCCAUAGUGCCUUAAGCUAAAUUCAGAAAUUCAAACUAGUGGCGCAGCAAGCUUUGCAGGAUGUUGCCACAGCUAUGUCUCAGAGACAAGCUCAGCGAUAUGACCCUGCCCUUCCGUUUCAAUUAAUAGUAUUGAACUCAGAUUUCCAACCUUACACUUUUCUCUUUCAGUGGGAUAAUACUUUUGAUACUGGAAUGGAUCUUUUUGCCUCAUCAGUUUUCCAAAACGAUCAUUACAAAAUUUGAAAUGAUCGCUGCUCUUACUAUGCGAGAAAGACAAAGGUUAUUGUUGCUGAGCGUGUCUGAACCACUGAUGGUUACGUUAUCUGUGUCUACAAACACGUUGCAGUGCUUGUCCCAGUGAUUCAUUGCCUUUUCAGGUGGCAAUGGAUGGAUUCACUGGAGUGACAUCAAUACACCCACCGGGGCAUAAAUUGUUAUAAAUCCAUUUUAAAUUACAGGAGAUCUCCACGGAUGGGUCAGGGAAAACAGGUUGGUUGCUAAUCAUGUGGCAGGAUGCACCCGGCCAAUAGCAAUCAGAUAUUCAAGCGAUAAAGGGAUCUCCACAAACUGUAGAACUAGAUAAGCGGAUAAAUUAGCUAGUGUAACUGUACUCCCCAAUUCAUUUGAACAGGCUCGACUGCCACAUGCCUUUUUUCACCAGAACGCUAAAGCACUGCAAAAAUCUUACGGGCUUAGCUUGAAUCAGGCACAGCAGAUAAACACAGCGUGCCCUGAUUGCCAACAGAUAAUGCCCUCUCUAUCUCUGGAUACCACCCUUAAAGCUAUGCUAAAUAAACAAAUAGGGGGACUGGAGAAGACACCUCCAGCAGAAAGGCUUGCCAAAACUACAUAUGUAUUGAACUUUUUAAAUCGAUGGCAUGAUGAUGGAGGACCAGCGAUAGCCCAUAAUUUUGUUUCAGUUAACGAGGAAAGAAUGAAUAUUCAUGGAAAAGCUACUGUACUAAUAAAAAAUCGGGUCAAUGGGAAGGCCCAUUCCCACUGAUAACUUGGGGGAGAGGU